AAACUAGUAUUAAGCCUUUCAAAAAUGUUUGAAGCCAUCUGAUGAGCACCAAGACCACUUUUAUUCAAACGUUGGUUAAACGAACGGUGGUGUCAAGUCUGAAAAUAGACAUCUGUACAUGUGCUUCCACUAAAGCAAAAGUGUAUCUUUUUUGAACAAAUUCCAUUACAUCUAGUCUCAUGAAGCCCUUUCUCUGUUUUCCUUAACCCUAAGUUUCAGUCCAUAAGUUUCCUUCUGUUUCAGGUGAUCAGAAUGGCUUCGAGUGAUAAUGGGGAUCGGAAAGAGCAAACCGAGGAAUCCAAUGACAAUAAAACAACGGAGCAAAUUUCUCUUCCCGUUUCAUCGUCACAAAGGACACUUCUAAAUGGCGAAACCCCCCAAAGAAAGUCCCUUAUCAGCUCUAUGUCUCCACUGAGUAGACUCAAGUUUCUUAAUUUUGGUUCUGCAUCUGCUAGAUUCAAGCUUUUAGCUCAAGAAAGAGAUGAGGUUUCUCAGUUGGUGGCUUCUUCAAGUGGCCAUCGGAUCCGAGAACGUCUGACUGGGGUUUUAGCGAAAAAAAUCGAUUGGGUGUUUCUCAUGAAAAUGAGUAAGGAAUGGAUUAGAGACCCCAUGAAUAUGGCCCUUUUUGUAUGGAUCAUGUGUGUUGCUAUAUCGGGUGCUAUUUUGUUCCUCGUCAUGACUGGAAUGUUGAAUAAGGCGCUCCCUAAGAAGUCCCAGAGAGACGCCUGGUUCGAAGUCAACAAUCAAAUUCUCAAUGCUCUGUUUACUCUCAUGUGUUUGUACCAUCACCCUAAGCGAUUUUACCAUCUUGUACUUCUUUGUAGAUGGAAACCAGUAGAUGUUUCCCGACUCAGGAAGGUAUACUGUAAGAACGGGACCUAUAAGCCCCAUGAGUGGGCACACAUGAUGGUGGUUGUUGUGCUACUCCAUAUCAAUUGUUUUGCUCAGUAUGCCCUUUGUGGUCUGAACUGGGGAUUCAAGAGAUCCAAGCGACCCCCGAUUGGUGUUGGGAUAUGUAUAUCAUUUGCAAUAGCUGCACCAGCAUUGGCCGGUCUUUACACCAUUGUUAGUCCUCUUGGGAAGGAUUAUGUUUCUGAAAUGGAUGAGGAAGCACAGAAGGUGGUUGAUGAUGGUGAAAGUAGUAGAUCAGAGUGGUCGAGACGAAAAUCAUUCGAGAAGAGAUAUUCGUUCGCAUCUGGAGAUGACAAGAGAAUUGUGGAGAGCAGGCCGCUCUGGAGUGGAGGGAUACUAGACUUUUGGAAUGACAUUUCUCUAGCUUAUCUUUCUGUUUUUUGUAGCUGUUGUGUCUUUGGGUGGAACAUGGAGAGACUCGGAUUCGGGAACAUGUAUGUACAUAUUGCUACUUUUCUCCUGUUUUGUAUGGCUCCUUUCUGGAUUUUCAACUUGGCUGCUGUGAAUAUCGAUAAUGAGACUGUCAGAGAGGCUCUUGGUUUUACUGGAAUUGUUCUCUGUCUGUUCGGUUUAUGUUAUGGCGGCUUCUGGAGGAUCCAAAUGAGGAAGAGAUUCAGUUUGCCAGCGUAUAAGUUUUGUUUCGGUAAUCCAGGAGCCAGCGAUUGCACACUAUGGCUAUUCUGCUGUUGGUGCACACUUGCUCAGGAAGUACGCACCGGGAAUUCUUAUGACAUUGUAGAAGAUAAGUUGUUAAGAAAACAAACAAACAAUGGUAACGAGCUGCCAAUGUCACCUUUACCUCGUGAAGGUGGGAGCGUCCAAUUUCGUCCCAACCCUAGUUCGUCACCGGGGUACAAUUCGACCCCAACCACAAGGUUUACAACCAGUUCAUCAAGUUCCAAAAUGAUUUCAAAUGAGUAUCAUAGUCCAGACCGGCAACUUUCUACAGCGAAAGGAGAGUUUUCAGUAGGAGGUAAAGAUGAAACCAUGAUUCCACCUACUCCAUCACCGAUACAGAGAGACGAAACAUAAUCGAGGAAAAAUUUCAAGCAUAUCCUUAUCAUUGUCCAACGAGUCCAUGUUCAUACUACACCAAUAUUUUCGAGAGCAUCGAAAAGCAUUAUAUAAUCUCACUUUUUCCCCUACUUUCUUGCUUUUCAAUUUUUUUUGGGUAAAUAUGUAUGUAAAAUUUGCAUGGACGGUGUUUACUACACUAUUGUUCUGGAGAAUCCUUUUUAUUGGCAGCCUUA